CAAAACAUUCUUUGUGCCAUUUAAUAUUUAAAAUAAUUGUUAAGUUUAAUAGGCCAGUCAAAGUUCAAUAGUGUAAAAGUUGUGCAAGCAGGUGGUGACGCAAGUACGCUGAGCACGAGAUGUCGCCCACAACUGCAAACGAGCCCUUGCGAGGCACAAGUACAAUGCCGCCGGCGUCGUCCCUACGGCAGAUAACGAUGUCGACUCCGCUGCAGCUAAGUCCAUUUGUUUAUUGGGCCCAAACCGAACAAACAUUGCAACUGAAAAUUGAUUUGAAAGAUGCAAAGGGCGCUAUCGCAGACUUCUCGGCCAACUCGUUGGCAUUCAGUGCGCGCGGCUACGGAGCUCGCGGCGUAAAUGCCUACAAAUUCGAUUUGCACUUUUAUGGAAACAUCAACGACGAGGAUGCCAGCUUUGUUGUAAGUGACAACAACAUUGAUGUGCAAAUACGCAAAGCAGAAGCGGGUUGGUGGCCACGUUUGGUGGCCACACCACAGAAACCACACUGGCUUAAGGUAGACUUCGAUCGUUGGCGCACUGAGGAUGAUGCCGACCUGGAUGAAAAGCCGCGGGAUGUAAUGAAGGACUAUGAGAAGCAGUAUGAACAGCUUCAGAAGCAGGAAUUGGGUUACGUGAAGGAACACACCAAAAAAGUCUAUAUGAUCUUUUACAAUCUGGCCAUGUUCGUAGGCUAUUUGUACAUCAUGCUGGUCAUGCUCGUACUAUAUUACCGGGAUGGAGAGAAUAGCAUACCCAAGACUUAUGCGAACGUUGGGCAGGCUUUUAAAUUUUGCCAACUACUGCAGUAUUUGGAAGUUUUGCAUCCGAUAUUCGGCUAUACCAAAGGCAGUCCCCUGGUGCCUUUCUUCCAGAUAUCGGGGCGUAAUUUUGUGCUUUUUCUGAUGAUUGAACUAGAGCCGCGAAUGCAAACGAAACCGGUUGUCUUCUAUGUGUUCAUGAUAUGGUCGCUAGUGGAACUAGUGCGCUAUCCGUACUACCUGACAAUACUAUUAAAACGUGAACAGGGUCUACUCACGUGGCUGCGCUACACCAUCUGGAUACCCCUCUAUCCCAUGGGCAUUGUGUGCGAGGGUAUAAUUAUUUUGCGCAGCAUACCCUACAUCGAGGAGACUCAACGCUUUAGCGUACAAAUGCCGAACAAAUGGAACAGCACCUUUGAUAUGGUCACAUUCCUCAAAGUCUAUUUACUGCUGCUGACCUUGCCGGGAAGCUAUAUGGUCAUGUCUCAUAUGGCCAAGCUGCGUGCCAAGAAACUGGGACGCGGUCGUGCCAAGCCCAAGCAUGCGGAUUAAACCGCAUUAAUCUAAACUACUCAUUGCAAUAGGAUCAUUGCUCACUAAUUUGUUUUCAGUCCGUUAUUUGAAAGUUUUUUAUUUGUAGUUUUGUUCAGUGCAUUGAAGUGAGAAAACAUGUUCAUUAAAAUGCAUAAUGAAAAUUAAAAUUGAAAUUGCUUUUGCA